UGGAUGCUGGUGUGCCACAGGAUUUUUGUCAAGGUUAAAGUGUGCCAUGGCUCAAAAAACGUUGAAAAACACUGGUGUGGGGCGAUGAGUCAUCCGAAAGUGUUGGUUUUAUAACAGGGAUGUUCAGGUGUUGCUGUCUUUCCUUUCUGACUAUAGUCUUGGGUGACGUAGACGUCUGUCCGUGAUGCGAGGAGUCAGAAAAUAUAAUGUUCGGGUGGUCCGCCACCCUGCCUGAACCAACCAGUGAGCAGAUAGUGGCAACCCAACUGAUCCAAUCUUUGAGGAUUGAAUUCUGGGCCUUGAAUAAUGAUAUCCGUGUGCACAUUUUUGGUAUUGGGUUGCAGUAUAGUGUGAUGAGUCAUCCUAAAUGUUGGUUUUAUUGGUUUUUACAGGAAGGUUCAGGUCUUUAUGUUGGAACCUUCAUCAUAGUUGGGUAAACUUUGGGUGGCUCGGAUGUCUGUCUGCGAUAAAAUGAGUCAAAAAUAAGAGCAUAUUCACCAACCAGUGAACAGAUAGUGGCAACCCAGCAGAUCCAAACAAUCUUUAAAGGAUCCUAUUCUCAGCCAUGAAUUACGAUAACAAUGUAAACAUUUUGGAGGGAAGUGAAUGGGCGAUGAGUCAUCCUCGAGUGUAGCUUUUAUAACAAAUUUUAGAACUUUCAUCAUUGUGAGUAGCCUUUUUGACAAUAAUUGGGUAAAUCUUGGAUGGCGUGGACAUCUGUCUUCACUUUAAGGAGUCAAAAAUCAGACAUCGGGGAGGUCUGCCACCCUGCCUGUGCCAACCAGUGAACAGACAUGGCAACCCAAUCUAUGAAGGAUCUAAUUCUGCACCGUGAGUUAUGAUGUCAAUGUGCCCAUUUUUGGAGGGGUUGGAUAUGAUGAGUCAUCCUAAAAUGUUGGUUUUUGUAUAACAUAUGUUUGUGUUUCAACCUUGUGGUUAUGAUUUUGGCCUUUGUGACAACAGGUGGGUAAAUCCUGGGGGUCUCUGUGGUUUAAGGUGUCAAGAAUCAGACGUUGGGGUGGUCUGCCACCCUGCCUGUACCAACCAGUGACUGUGGAGCUCGACACAACCCCCUCCUCCAUUUGAUGAAUCCAAAGCUGAAGGUCCACCUGCUGCAGGAGCGUGUUUACAAGUUUCCUCCAAUGCUCCCAAAAAUAACCAUCAGUUAACCAGCGCCACCUCCACUUUCCCUCCUCCUCCUCCUCCUCCAACCUCGCCACAUGGUUAAGUGUAGAAACGAGGCGCCGCCGCCGCGAGAGCUGGAGAGGCAGACGGCAGGCACGCACGCACCGCACCGCGCCGGCUCGUCGCUUCUGCAGCCGGUGCAGCGGCGAAGGAGAUCCGCGGCUCGCUCUGCGUCCCUCGGCGGCGGAUGACAUGGGACCGCAGGGGUUCGUCUCAGUUGCCUGACGCGUGAUGCAUCCCUGAUCCGUCUGCGUGUCUGCGCGUCCGCCCGUCUCUAGAAUUGCUGCAGUGCUUUUUUUUUGUCCUUCUCCAGCUGUUGUGCGCGCAGAUCAGUGUGUGCGUGCGUGCGCGAAGGCGCGCAUGCAUGGCGGCGUAAAUUCUCUUAGGGAUCGUGGCGGAGCCGGGGAAGGGAGUCGGAUGUCACAUGUGCUUCAUCGGAGGAGACGGGGCAUCUGCGAGCUGGAUUGGCUGGAGGAUGCUGCGGCAAGUGAUUCACAGAGGACUCAAGGCUUCCUUCUACUGGCUGGGCUUGUUCGUUAGUAGGCAUCCCGUUUUCUUCCUCACGGUCCCCGCAGUCCUCACCAUCAUCUUCGGAUCCACCGUGCUGAGCCGAUUCAAGCCGGAGCGGGACCUGGAGGUGCUGGUCGCGCCGACGCACAGCCUCGCCAAGAUCGAGCGGAGUCUCGCCAACAGCCUGUUUCCCAUUGACCGGUCGAAGCACAAGCUGUACUCGGAUUUGCACACCCCGGGCAGAUAUGGCAGGCUGAUCCUGCUGGCCAAGUCCGGGGGGAACAUCCUGGAGCUGGCCGAUCAGGUUCUGCAGGUCCACAAGCAGGUGCUGGAGCUGCGCGUCAACUACAAGGGAUUCAACUACACGUUCGCGCACCUCUGCGUCCUGAGCCACAGGGACAAGCGCUGCCUGCUGGAUGAUAUCAUCACCAUCUUCGAGGAUAUCAGGCAAGCGGUGCUGUCCAACAGCACUUUCCAUAAGGUGCCCCUGAGCUACCCCAACACCACGCUGAAGGAUGGCCGCGUAUCUUUCAUCGGACACCAGCUGGGCGGUGUCUCAUUCUCUCCUAACACUCGGGACCAGCAGGUCAAGUUUGCUCGGGCCGUCCAGAUCACCUACUAUCUCCGAAACAAUGGACCUGCAGUGCAGGAUAUUAUCGGAGAGCGCUGGGAAAAUGAGUUCUGUGCCCUGGUUAGCAAGCUGUCUACAACUGGGGCACCUCAAACUCCUGACCAGCUCCAUAUCCAGCCGCUCACCUCCUUCAGCUUGUGGCGGGACUUCCAUCAGACUGGUAUACUGGCCAAAGGGGAGGUGCUGGUCAGCUUGGUUUUGGUGCUCCUGGCUGCCACCAUCUCCAGCUCCAUGCGGGACUGUCUAAGGGGGAAGCCGUUUCUCGGCCUGUUGGGUGUGUUGACGAUUUGUAUUGCCAACGUGACGGCCGCAGGGAUCUUCUUCAUCUCGGAUGGAAAGUUUAACUCCACAUUGCUGGGAAUUCCUUUCUUUGCCAUGGGCCAUGGAACCAAAGGGGUUUUUGAGCUGCUGGCAGGUUGGAGAAGAACAAGAGAAAACCUGCCAUUCAAGGAGCGGGUGGCAGACGCAUUUGCCGAUGUGAUGGUGUGCUACACCAUGACCAGCUCGCUCUAUAUCAUCACCUUUGGCAUGGGAGCCAGCCCUUUUACCAACAUUGAAUCUGUGAAGAUAUUUUGUCAGAGCAUGUGUGUGGCCAUCCUAGUCAACUACUUCUACGUUUUUUCCUUCUACGGCUCCUGCCUGGUGUUUGCUGGUCAGCUUGAACAGAACCGAUACCACAGUGUUUUCUGUUGUAAGAUUCCCUCGGUAGAGUAUCUGGACCGCCAGCCCACGUGGUUUAAAACCAUGAUGAGUGACGGCCACGACCUGUCCACUCACCAUGACAGCAUACCGUACCAGAAUCACUUUAUUCAACACUUCCUGCGCGAGCACUACACAGAAUGGAUUACCAACACCUACGUCAAACCGUUUGUUGUCAUUUUGUAUCUCAUCUAUGCCUCUUUCUCCUUCAUGGGAUGUUUACAAAUCAGUGAUGGAUCGAACAUUGUGAACCUGCUGGCUAGUAACUCACCAAGCGUUUCCUACGCUUUAACCCAACAGAAAUACUUCAGUAACUAUAGUCCUGUUAUUGGAUUCUACAUUUACGAACCCAUAGAGUACUGGAACUCCACUGUGCAGGAGCACCUAAAGACUUUGAGCCAUGGAUUCAACAAGAUCUCUUGGAUGGACAACUUUUUCCACUACCUUCGGGUGGUGAACGUGAGCGCAUCAACCAAGGGCGACUUUAUCUCCAUCCUGAAGGGCUCUUUCUUGCGCAGCCCGGAGUACCAGCAUUUCACGGAGGACAUAAUAUUCUCUAGGAACCGCGAGACUAACGAAUACGACAUUAUUGCCUCACGAAUGUACUUGGUAGCACGGACGACUGAAAAGAAGCGAGAGGAGGUGGUGGAGCUUUUGGAGAAGCUCCGCCCAUUGAUGCUAAUCAACAGCAUCAAGUUCAUUGCCUUCAACCCCACAUUUGUUUUCAUGGACCGCUACAGCUCAUCCGUCAUCUCCCCUAUCUUGACCUCAGGCUUCAGUGUACUUACCAUUCUAAUACUCACAUUCUUCCUGGUUAUCAAUCCCCUUGGAAAUUUCUGGCUCAUUCUCACUGUUACUUCUGUUGAGCUGGGUGUCUUGGGAUUGAUGACCCUCUGGAACGUCGGCAUGGACAGCAUCUCAAUCCUGUGCCUUAUCUAUACUCUCAACUUCGCCAUGGAUCACUGUGCACCGCACCUGUAUACUUUUGUGUUGGCCACCGAGCACACCAGGACACAGUGCAUCAAGUUGGCACUGGAGGAGCAUGGGGCGGCCAUCCUGCAGAACACCUCCUGCUUUGUGAUCGGGAUCAUGCCCCUGUUGUUUGUGCCUUCCAAUCUGACCUACACACUGUUCAAGUGCUCCCUGCUCACGGCAGGCUGCACCGUGCUGCACUGCUUCGUCAUCCUGCCCGUCUUCCUUACCUUCUUCCCGCCUUCCAAAAAAAGACAUAAGAAAAAGAAGCGAGCCAAGCGGAAAGAGCGGGAAAGGGAACGAGAGCGCGAAAGGGAACGAGAGCGCGAAAGAGAGGAGAUAGAGUGCAUUGAGGUUAGGGAGAAUCCUGAUCAUGUGACUAAUGUCUAAAUCAACUCAUCCUGUGGUCAUGGCCUAAAAGCCGAUGGUCGACUAGAGGUACUUCCUCUUUUGGAGGCACCAGGGAGUCUGCAAUGUUUCUUAGAAAGUAGUCACUCUUGCUCAAUAGCUGACCAGGGUAAAGCUUACUAGCUGUUUGGUAUAUAAAAUAAAAAUAGUUGCCAAGUCUUAUGCCUGCUAACUCCUUAGGGAAUUUAUAACACAUUUUACAUUUGUCUAAUUCAACGUCAUCAACUUUUGAUUUAUGACUUAGGGGUCAAAGCAGACUUUUAGGCCAAUGUAAGCAAGGCUAUGUCCACAUUAGUGCAUUUUUUUCAUGCCUAUUAACUACUCUACCCUAACGAAUAGAGGUGAGAAUGCAGAUAAUCUGGUUGCAGUCAAAAAAUACUGCUGCAUCACUAAAAAAGAGAUGCCAGAAAAUAGUUACUUGGCAUUCUUUUGCACAACAAUCCAUUCCCAAACAGGUACAAUUAUUAUGUGUACGUUUCAGUGUACCCGCACCCACGGCCAACACACCAACGGUGUUCUAGUAUUACAUUAUAAUGGUAACUUGAUUGGUUAAUCCAAAUGUAAUUUUCAUCUAAGUCCAAAUUUUUUCUUAUCCAGAUUUAAGUUGUAACAACACUGAUUUUUUUUAAAACAAUUGUUAGAUCAUUUUAAGAAGUGUAGCUGUAUACUUUUCAGGGAAGCAAGCUCUUUUUAGUGGUGAGUCAGACAUAUUUAUGAUGUUUCAAAGUCAACAUUUUGAAAAGCUAACACCAAAAAAUUAAGGAGCAUUCCUUCCAAUGGAACAUCUCAAAUGCACCAGUAUGGAUGUAGUCAUAGACGAGUUGACGAAAGCAAUUCCAUGCAUAAAAUCCUCCAUGAGAUGAGGCAGCUUCUCUCUCAUGCUGAUCUAAGGAAAUGGUGGUGAAACCAAACUGCAAGGGGAAGAAAAACGGCAGGUCAAAAGCACACCACGUCAUGUUGAGUAACACUAGAUGUAGCCGAGCAGCCAACUAUAGCAGAUGGCGCACACUAUGUCCAAAGUUUUGUAUUGCACAUUGCGUUGUAUGGUAGAGUUGUUGAAGUCCUUAUGCACUGAUAGAGCUGAAGAAGAUGAGCUGGCUGUGACAUCCAUCAAUGAUCAAAAAAGGCACAUAGCCUUGUUCUUCGGAUCUAAGAAAAAAAAACUCCUUAGCAGGUAGACAGAACCAAAAUUGGAGUAGUUCUAGCGUGUAGAGAAUUCACCCUUCAGGCAGCAUUUUGUUGAGCACAUGAUUUCCUCAAUAGUCCUUUCUUACAAAAAGUUACCGCCACUGAAACGUAAAGGCUUGAAUAUGAUUCUGGUAAAAACAGUGAUGCCAAACAAGAUUUUUACCCACGGUUUCUAAUGGUAACGUCUUUAGCCUAAAUCACUAUUCAUCAGUGCUAGCUAAAGGGAAAUCUGUUGAAUGAUCCAUAAACGUUUAAAGAUCCUUACAAUAAAAGCUCUAAAUUACAAAUUGAGUCACACUGUAAAGUUCACUGUUGUUGAAUUGUGCAAAAAAGUAAACAUCAAACACAACUUACAUACUUAAAUGCCAUCCCUGUGCUACAGCAUGAUCUUGUCUUAAAAACAUUUAUCCUUUUAUUCAUGGUAUUUUCAUUCUUCAUUGUCUUUUAAAGUUGACCUUUUUAAAGUUGUUUGUCUGGUCAAAAGGAUUUCACUAAUAUCAUUAAUUUUCUUUCUAAUUAUUGUCUUUGUUAUACUUUGACUUUUCAAAUACCUACUAGCCAUGUAGCAUGGCAUUUCAUCUUCUACCAAAACAGACUAAAUCAAAGUGGAACACAACUGUCAACUGGACUUCCAUCUAGGUUGUUAUCAAAAACAGAACGUUUUGUUGCUCAUCUCUUGAGUUUCCAAAAUGUUAGUAUAGCCCCAGAGUAAAAAAAAAAAAAGAUUAGCUAAGAAAAAUCAUGACUAAUUCUGUUAAAAAUGUUGUGCAAAGUUGGCCCAGAAAACUAAGGACAGUUGUGUUUAUUGGAUUCCUUCUUUAUUAUUCCAAUGCUGUUUUGCAAUAAAUCUUCUAUCAUUGAGGUGUCUGUUCAUUUACAUUUCACAUGAUGUCACAUUUGGAUACAGCAAUUGUGGGAUGACCAGUGGAGCAGAGUUUGAGAACAAAUUCCCAUAUAUUUGCCAACUCUUGUUUGCUGUGAUCUCUUUUUGGAGUUUGAAAAUAUUUCUACCAGCUUAGCUACACUCUGCUGUAAUAUGGUAUUCCAUUUUAUCUGCUACUGUUUUUGUUUGUUGGCUAUUUGCAAGUGUUGCCAACACACUUGCAUUGUCCCUUCAGCACAAACAGUUGACUUGGGUUGAUUCCACAAAUGUUCAAACAGGUUGGAUUGUAGACAUCUCCUAAAUGUUUUAUUCUUGGACAGGGGCUACUUAAUCCCCCUUGUUUCACAGUUCUCCCUACACUGAUCUUUGAUGAUUACCUGACUCUUGAUCUCCUUAUACUGGUUGGUGAAACGUAUGAACAAGAUGUCCAUUGAAAGUUGGAAAAGACGUGGCUUGGUAGGACUUUAGAACUAGAGUAGGUUUUAGACCUGUAAAGAGCUGGUGGUGAAGGAAACUGGACCUCAGUCUGGGUCUGAAGAACAGACCAUGACUGAGGAACAGAAUUGUAUUUGCAAUGUGGUCAGUGUGCUGGAGUUGAGCAGAAACUGAAACUGAAUUAAGAAACAGUCCAAAAAAAAGUUGACCAAAAGAACAAGAGAUACGCUGACCUAGCACAGAAAUUUACGAGAGUUACUGGCAGAAUCAGGCAGUGGACUAGCUGAAGCAAGACAAAUGACCCGUGAUUGCAGGUGAGGGAAGAGAAUCUGACAAGAAUAGAGCUAAGCUCUAUUAAAAAAAAUUGUUCAGUCCAAGGCUGAAGAGGUGAGGUUACCACUUGCUUUGGAAUCUCCAAUCUCCACUUUAUUAAUGUUUUAGUUAUCUCUGCAAGUUUGUUAUUCAGAUUCAGAUGUUAUUCAGGUGUCUGAAACCACCUGAUCAAGGUAAUAAGUAACCUUACUUUGAAAACAAUUCAAUGUUAGAGGUCAGAAUUAGGCAGCCCUGGUCUAUAAAAACCAUGAAAAGUUAGUUUGGUUCAUGUAUGUUUUGGCAGAUUUUCUGACAAACCAACUCUGCUGUUGGAAUAAAUGUUUCUUACUAAUGUGAAUCCAACAAAAAGGAAAUCUGACUUUUUAGUAGCGUAAAAAUGGUUGCUAAGAAUUAUUGUCACAAUAAUUAACAAAAAAAAAGUGAUGGGAUGGUCCUUGUUCAAAAACGCACGACGGACUUGAACAUCGACCAGCUUUGUCAAUAACACAUUCCUUUUGCCAGUAGCAUUGGACAUGUAGGGCAUUACCACCACCUGCAGGUUCUAAGCUGAUCACAAGAAUGUAGCAUCUGAGUGCUCGUUACAUAUGCCUCUUUGCCAUUGGUUGGGGCAAAGAAGUACAAAAUGGCUACUUUGUCCCCCGAGGGUAAACAGUGUUAUCUUUGUCUGCCUUCAACCGAUAAGAAUCUCUGUUGCAGUCGGACAACAAACACACUCAAGGUCAGCAGCCUUGACGAAUACCAAUCUCCCAAUGACCUCUGGCUGGCAGGUCUUAGCCGGUGGCUGGUGAUAGAGAGGCCCCAUACGUGAACAGAUAUGGCUGAUUACAGAGCAGUCAAUAUCUUCUUAGGAAGAACGGCUGCGUCCAACAGAGCUGUCACAAGGGAAUGUCUCUGUCUUUUUCUUUGUGCUACGACCCAGAAAAUGAAAAGCUCUCAGAGCAAAUAACAGCUCCGCUGGAUUGGUGAUUGAAAUGUUCACAGUGGGGAAAAAAAGGCAUUUGUGUGAAAUAUGUGUCAAUGUCUGAAAGUGCAAAUUUUGUGUUCGCUAAAUAUCAAAAUGCUACUUAGCCCUCUUGUGCAAGAGAUCCUAGACAAAAUUUUGACCAUGAUUACAUCCUGUAAUGUUGCUUUUGUCAAUUAAAGGUUGCCCUACAAAGAGUUUAGAAGUUUCUACAGCUAUUUCCUGCAGCUGCUCAUAAUGUAAAAGCCAUGUAUGUAUAGUGAGAAGGCAUGAAUUGUUUGAAUAUUGACAAAAAAUGCAAAUCUUAAAACAAUUUACUUCCCAAAAAAUACGGACUGUGUUUGCAUGGCACUGUGCUGUAUGUAUGCAUGUAUUUAAUUUCUCUGUAUGAAAUCUACCUAUUUUUUUACCACUUUUCUUAGCUUUGAAAGCUUUCAACACAUACUCUGUAACAUGUGCUGCGAGAAGGUUCAAGUGUCACAUUUGUUUCCAAACAAAAAGCCAGAGGAUUUCCCGUGUGUAAAUUACCUGUAAAUAUUUAUUUUCUAUAUUUUUUAAGAAAAAUGUGUAAUAUAAAAAAGAUUUUUAACGAGAGAAUUUUCUUCAAAAGAAAAAUUGAUUGGGGGCGGGGAAGUUGAUCAAAGUAGGCCAGUAAUAAACUGUGGAAUGUUACAAAUAUAUAUUCUGUCUGCACUGCAGUGUCAAUGUUUGUGGAUGAUACACUCUCUAUUCCCAAAAAUGUGGCCACUAUUUUUUAAAUAGCUAUAUAUGGUGAGUUUAAGUCUGCGAGCCCUCCACACUCAAAGGAAUGAAAUACACAUGAUGUUGCAGCUUUUUGGCUAACACGAGAACAAUCCAUCAUGACUUGUAACCAUCGUUGUUGUAUAAAAACAAAGCUAAACGUGUCUAGGAAGUGGCUGGACAUGAGGUAUAAUUAUCUCAAUUGAAUUUGAGUUUGAAUUUUUUACUUGGAAAAAUAAAAUAACUUAAAAAAGUACACACAGUAAAUUUUAAGCACACAUGGAGAAUUUCUUUUUCAUGCAUCUCAAUUUUUUUGGAAUAAAAUACUGCCGCUUGUGCGGCUUAGAUA